GUUCUUUCGUUUCUCUAUCUCUUUUAUUUAUAUUCUACGCUAUCUCUCUCUGCUCUUUACUUCUCUUUCUACCUCUGUAUUUCUCUCUGCUCUUCAAAGAAUCACAUGUGAGUUUCCGAGCUCCGAUUCUUCAAGAUUUCAUUUUCGAUCUCGCUUGCAAUUUCGCAUUGUGAUUUGAUGUUUACUGAACGAUAUUAGCAAGGGAUGAGUGGAAACGAGUUCAGAUUCUUCCUGUCGUGUGAUAUUAAUCUUCCGGUUACCUUUCGGAUUGAUCGAUUGGAGGGUACGUUACAACCUCUUAAAUCCCUAAAUUCAGACAUUGGUUAUGCCGCAGAGGAAAGGAGGGGAGAGCUCUUUGUUGAAUGUACCUUGUAUAUUGAUGGCGCUCCUUUUGGACUCCCUAUGCAAACCAGGCUGGAAUCAGGGCAGUCUUUUUCCUGGAGUGAGUUGAUUACCUUGAGUACCAAAUAUCGAGACCUCACUGCUCACUCACAACUUUUGUUUACGGUAUGGGAUGUUUCCUGCUGCAAAGAGGAAGGACUUAUUGGUGGAGCAACCAUUCUUCUUUUUAACAACAAGAAACAACUUAGAACCGGGAAGCAAAAGUUAAGGCUUUGGUUGGGGAAAGAAGCUGAUGGAGCUUUUCCUUCUUCCACACCUGGAAAGGUCCCAAGGCAUGAACGAGGGGAGUUGGAGCGUCUAGAGAAGCUUAUGAAUAAGUAUGAAAGAGGACAAAUUCCACGUGUAGAUUGGCUAGAUCGGCUUACUUUUAAAGCAAUGGAGAAGAUCAAGGAUCGCGAAAGUUGUGGAAGCAGGAGUUCCCAAUUAUAUCUUGUUGUUGAUUUUUGUAGUUUCGAGCAUCAAGUUGUUUUUCAGGAAUCUGGACCAAAUGUUUUCUUACCAUCUCCAAUAGGCGCGAAUGAACUUGUUACUGUCUGGGAUCCUGAAGUGGGAAAGAUCAACCCUUCCGAACACAAACAAAUAAAGCUAGCUAGAAGCUUGACGCGCGAUAUCAUUGACCGGGAUCUAAAACCAAGUUCUAAUGAAAGGAAGGCGAUACAUUGGAUUUUGAAAUACCCACCAACAAGGACAUUAAGUGGAGAAGAAAAACAGCUUCUAUGGAAAUUUCGGUUCUCGUUGAUGGCAGAGAAGAAAGCGCUCACAAAGUUUCUUCGAUGUGUUGAAUGGAGUGAUGUGCAGGAAGCAAAGCAGGCAAUUGAAUUGAUGGGUAGAUGGGAAAUGAUUGAUGUCUGUGAUGCACUAGAGCUGUUAUCUCCUGUAUUUGAAAGUGAAGAGGUUCGUGCUUAUGCUGUGAGUGUGCUUGAAAGAGCUGAUGAUGAUGAACUUCAAUGUUAUCUUCUUCAAUUAGUACAGGCUCUUCGUUUUGAGCGCUCGGAUAGAUCAUGCCUCUCUCAUUUUCUUGUGAAACGCUCAUUACGAAAUAUUGAGUUGGCUAGUUUUCUUCGUUGGUAUGUUGCUGUGGAACUUCACGAUCCUGCAUAUGCAAAACGCUUUUAUUCUACUUAUGAAAUGCUGGAAGAGAAUAUGUUGAAGCUCUCAGCUGCUGAUACUGGAGGUGAAGAUGGAUUCAAGUUGUGGCAAAGUUUGGUUCGUGAAACUGAACUGACAGCUCAGUUGUGUUCUAUAAUGAGGGAUGUUCGUAAUGUGCGUGGUGGAACACAAAAGAAAAUGCAAAAGCUUAGACAACUUCUCUCAGGUCUUCUUAGUGAGCUUACAUAUUUUGAGGAGCCGAUACGAUUGCCAUUGCAUCCCAAAGUGCUUAUCACUGGGAUUGUGCCUAAUGAGUGUGGAUUAUUUAAAAGUGCAUUGCAUCCUUUACGCCUGACUUUCCGAACUUCUACUGGAGAAAGUUGUAAGAUUAUAUUUAAGAAGGGAGAUGAUAUGCGGCAAGACCAAUUGGUGAUUCAAAUGGUUUCGCUCAUGGACCGCUUGCUUAAACUGGAAAAUCUUGACCUUUAUCUUACCCCAUAUAGAGUCUUAGCAACUGGGCAAGAUGAGGGCAUGAUGGAAUUCAUUCCAUCUCGUUCUUUAGCUCAGAUUCUUUCAGAAAAUCGCACCAUUAUCAGCUUCCUUCAGAAAUUCCAUCCUGAUGAGGACGGACCAUUUGGAAUCACUGCUACUUGUCUUGAAACAUUUAUUAAAAGCUGUGCUGGCUAUUCUGUUAUCACAUAUAUUCUGGGUGUUGGUGAUAGGCAUUUAGAUAAUCUUCUCUUGAGGGACGAUGGACGACUGUUUCAUGUAGAUUUUGGAUUCAUAUUAGGUCGUGACCCCAAACCUUUUCCACCACCAAUGAAACUUUGUAAAGAAAUGGUUGAAGCUAUGGGUGGAGCUGAAAGCCCAUAUUACACAAGAUUCAAAUCUUAUUGUUGUGAAGCUUACAAUAUUCUUCGCAAAUCCAGCAACUUAAUUUUGAAUUUGUUCCAUUUGAUGGCGGGUUCUAACAUUCCUGACAUAGCGUCAGAUCCCGAAAAGGGCAUCUUAAAGCUACAAGAGAAAUUCCGGUUAGACUUGGAUGAUGAAGCAAGCAUACACUUUUUCCAAGAUCUCAUCAAUGAUAGUGUAAGUGCAUUGUUUCCACAAAUGGUUGAGACCAUUCACAGAUGGGCUCAGUACUGGCGUUGAUCUGUAUAGUAACCCUAAAACCAAUUCACCUUAGUUACAUGGUAAGAUUCCUUGACCUUGGAUCAUUAGUAAAUGCUGAUCAAGAUUUCUUGCUUCGGCUCAUUGGUAAGUUACGUCGAGUGAACAAAGAUUUGCGAAACUAAAAAGACCCCCACUCCCACCCGACACCUGCCCAAAUAGAGAAUAAGGGUGCUAAAGAGAAUAAAUUGGUUUGGACCAACCGGCCAACGAUCUCUGUUCUCUAGUCUGAUGGACCUAAGUGGGUACGCAUGUCGUAAGAUCUGCUGUUUUAUUUCUUGAAAAUGAUCCUGGCAAGUUGUUUGGUUAAAAUAAAGUUUGCCGCUUUGAUAUAUCUUCAACUGGUAAUCAUCCCGAUUCACUUCGUGACUGGAUCCUUGAAGCAUUUUGUUAUUCGAAUGCUGACGAGAGCAUUUUGUGCUUCAUUAGACCGCGACUGCUUUUAUGGGUUUCACACGGAUUUAUAGACGUCCCAACUCCCACGGCAAGAUUUAUCUUCGACGAUUCCACGCAUUUCAGUUGGGUGUUGGGAUGCCAAGAUUUAUCUUCACAAGCGUUUUACUUAGACUUCUGUACAAUUUCUUUUAUUUACAGGGCCCCUUAAGUUGGGAUGAAAAUAUAUGUAUUAUGAUAAGGUUCCUUUAUUAUUUGUUAAUCUUUUGUAAGUAGGUAUUUAACCCUUUUAAGACUCUUAAGUUAUGUAAUUACUUGUAUAUGAUAGUAUUUCUCUUUGAAAUUAUGUUUUUUGAAAAAGACUCUUCUUGGAAAUGCUAAUACUACCAAAACUUGGAGAAUUUAGUCUUCUCUCAGUUGUAACUAA